AUGGAUGCUGGCGGCUCGCCAGAUCUCUCGAAGGGUUGCAGCACCAGCGGCCACAUCCACGGAACACACAGCAGGAGCCACUGCCCCAUACAGCGCGAGAUCGCUCGAACUAUCUGGGGGAAGCGUCACUCUGCAGAAGCAGAGCAAGCCUGCAAGCCAUCACGAAGCGCAGACGCAGAAAAACGCCUGCACACACUGCAGAUCUCUCUACACGCAGCGUCACAGAGGAACAGAAAGACGCAGCCACACGCGCCAACCGACUCAACAGAUGCAACGCUAGAAGCGGCCUCAAACGAGCAUCCAUUCUUAACCCUAUGGAGUCAAAAGCUGGCACUGCCUCCUCACGCCAGCAACACCAUCGUCCGAAUUAAAGGAAGAGCAGCAGCACCCGCUGCUGCCGUAGCUGCCGGUCCUGGGGAAGCCGCAGGUAGGCAGAGCGUCGAGAAUUCGCGAAGACAGAUCCCCUCUGUCCUCUUUGCCAAUGCGUCUAAUGCAUCCGAUGCAGCAGCAGCAGCAGCAGAAGGCAAACUUCCACCUAACACCCCCCUCACAAGCACCACGAAACAGCCCCUCGCCACAACCACCCCUCCAGCAGCAGCAACUACACCAGCAAGCACGUCUGUCGCUGCACGUACACCAAGCACAAAACUGUUAAAAGCCGUCUUCUUAGGAUCCAUUACUGCAGCAGAGGCUUCUCUGUUCAUAGCAGAAAGCCCUCAACAACAGCAGCACGAGCAGCAACAGCACGAGCAGCAACAGCAGCAAGAGCAACAGCAGCAGCAACAGCAGCAACAGCAGCAGCAACAGCAGCAGCCUCUACAAGAGCAGCUGUUUCAAGACCAAGACGCCCCUCCACACCUUAGUCAGGAGAGGCAGGAUCGAGUUGCGGAGUUUAAGAAGACAGUGCUUCAAAAGAAGCGAGACAUCGAGAAAGAUUACACGCAGCGGCAGCAAGUCGUGGAAGAGGUUCUUGCUGUCGCUAGCACCCUUCCACCCCCCGAUCAACUUCGCUUCUUGUCAGCAUCUUCAGCGGCAUAUGGGGAGGCGCUUGGCAUGCAUCUGCUCAUCAAGAGACAUCCUCUGUCUCUAAAAGACUUCACGUUCAUACAAGUUCCGAAGUCACGUGUCAGCCGCACUUCCUCUCGCGAGAGACAAUUUGCGGAGAGAGACUGUCUGGCGCUGUGUAGUGGAGGCAGCAGCAACGGCAGCAGCGGCGUCGUGCUGCUGCAGCAGACGCUGCAGGACGGGCAGCAUCUCUAUCAGCUGAUGCAAUUCUUGGAGGGAGGCAGUCUCAUGCAUUACAUGCAUGCGAAACAGCGCUUCGAUGAGGCAACAGCUAAACUCUACAUUGCCCAACUCAUAAUUGCCGUCAGCGAGAUUCACAAGCUGCACUACAUCCAUCGAGAUAUCAAACCAGACAACAUCGCCUUCACGCGCGAGGGGCAUCUCAAACUGUUGGAUUUUGGACUUGCGCGGUAUGCCCCUCACGUCUUUAGGACAGACGCGAGCAACGGACUGCCUGAAAGCAUGGGGAGCUGCGCAGCAGCUAGCUGCGCCUCAACAACUCUCAGCACCGACGCCUCACUCCACCACUCCAGCAAACAGCAAGAACUGAACUCUGAAGGAGUCUUUAUGCCCUCCCUGCCUCAGACUCUGCAAAGACCAACCAGCUCGCUGCUUCGCUCUAUAUGCGGAACGCCUAUGUACACCGCUCCCGAG